CAUUCCAUUCCCCACCCAAUCUUGCGGUCACAAGUGGCCGCGCACCGAUGGCGCCGACAAGCUUCCGCCACGCCGCUGCAGGCGGCGGCGGCGGUCGUCCCGCCGGCUGCAGCGGCGGCUUGGACGCCGCGCUCUGCGACGACCUACUGCAGGAGGUGUUCCGCCUCCUGCCGCCCGCUGCCUCGCCGGCCGUGUCCCUCGUCUCCCGCCGCUGGCUCGCGCUCCUCAGGGUCGCCACCUCGUCCCUGACCCUACGUCUGCCUGCCUCCUCCGACGCCCCGCCAGCGGCGGCGACCGUCGCCGUCCUGCUGUCGCACUACCCGUACCUCUCCGCCCUGACCGUGGUCUCCACCGCUGUGCCGGCCGGCGACGCCGACUCGGUGCUUCUCGCUGUCGCGGCCGCUCCGUGCGCCGCCCGGCUCUCCGUGCUGCGGUUAUUGCCUGAUUCGCCGGUCUCCCCCACCGCGCUGCUCGCGGCCUGCCCUGCUGUAUCCAGUCUGACGUCGCUCCACCUCACGGCUGUCCGCCCCCUGUCUUUCCACUGGCUGGCGUUCUUGCCCUGCCUCAAGUCCUUCGCCCUCGUCAACUCCGCUGCCAGCGUUGACUCUGACGGCUCAAGCUCGGAUGACGACGACGGCCAGGGCGAGGCCGCAGGGGCGUUACCGCUGGAGAGGCUAUCACUUUGCGGCAUCCGCUCGAGUGACCGCGGGCUCGGAUGGUUGUGGCGACGGUGCGGGAGCCUCAAGUGGCUGCAGCUGCGUGCCUGCGACGGCACCGGGGACAGGCCCGUGUCGCUGGCCUUUGCGGGCUGCCUUGCUGGCUUGCUCGCGCUAGAGCUCCGUGCUUGCCGCCCAGUCGCCGACCGUGUCCUCCUCCUUGCUGCUGACCAUUGCCGGACACUAACAUCCCUCCUGGUUUAUGACGGCGGAAGCAGCGAGGCACUCCACAGGUUUAUCCACCAGCGCGGCGCGGGUUUGCACACCUUGGACCUUCGCCUACCGCUCGACCUGCACAAUGAUCACCUCCAUGCAAUUGGCGCCGAGCAAAUUCACCGUGGUCAGGCCGCCACACAUGGCCUGGCCGCCCUUCGCCUUCAGAGCUGUGUCCUUAUCACUGGGGACGGGCUCCGCUCCCUCGCACAAACAGCCACUGGGGCGGGCAUCGAAGAGCUCGCCUUGGUGAGCUGUGACGUUGUGGAGCGAGAGACUGGGCUGCUGACGUUCCUCGGUCAAAGCAUGCGGCGUCUCCGUCGUAUUGACUUGUCUUACAACGAGACAUUGAGUGACAAGGUGAUCGGUGCCAUGCUGUCAUCAUGCCGGAAUCUCAUCGACAUCAGACUCAGGGGAUGCCGAGGCCUCACAGGAGGCUCCCUGGUCUCGUUGCUUAGGCACUGUGGGCAGUCACUGGAGAUCCUUGACAUCUCCCGCUGUCCUAGUAUUGCAGUAGGCAAUGUUGAACUCUUUGCACAGCGAGCUACUCGGUUGAAUCGAAUGAUCAUUGAGGAGAGCGUGAUGUCAGAGGAAUUGAAGGCAAUUGCUCAGAGGAAAGGCCUGAAGGUUGGUUCAUUGGCUUGGGAAGAAUCAUUCUAAAGUGUUGCUUGAAGGCGAACGUGAUCGAUGACGGAUCGACGAACUAAGUUCAGGGAGGAACUGAGGUUUGGCGACUAAGUUCAGAAGGAAUGGAAGUCGUGGUGAUCGAGAAUGUCAUGCAGGACGUUCAAGCUGAGAAAACAAUAUAUAUAGAGAUAAGGCUUCGCGAUGGAUGCAGGAGGCCAUCUGAUCGUGAGAGGUCGUGAAGAAUAAUUCAUAUUCAAGUUGGAGCAGGCACAAGGAAGUCAUGUGGUGGCUGGACUUGAGAUAAGAGUUAGUGUCGGAGACAGACUCUGAGUUGGUUAUGUUUAUGCAUGUGUGCAUAGGAGAUGUGCAUGCAUGAUUACAUAAGAGUUGUUAGCUAAUUAUUCUUGAUCCAUAUAUCCGAUUUACUCGAUACUUAUGGCGUUAGUUUCAUAUUUAAAUCUAGUUUACGCUGAUCAAAAGUGAGAACAAUCUGACCAGUAGAUUUUUCUCUAUAUUGUUUUUACUAGAGUUUGUGUAAUCUAUUUUCAGUGGAAUAUCGAGUUUAAAUUGAGUUUCAAUUUGGGUGA